AGGGUAUUGCUUGUGUGCAUAAUGGUCAAGUCCCACUACAUCCGCGCUGGCCGCCUGGUGCGCAUCCUCCGUGGCCCCCGCCAGGACCGCGUCGGUGUGAUCGUCGACAUCGUUGACGCGAACCGCGUGCUGGUGGAGAACCCGGAGGACGAGAAGAUGUGGCGCCACGUGCAGAACCUGAAGAACGUGGAGCCGCUGAAGUUCUGCGUGGACGUGCCGCGCAACUGCACGGCGAAGGCGCUGAAGGCUGCGCUGGACUCGUCGAAGGCGCUGGAGAAGUACGCGAAGACGCGCACUGCGCACCGCAUCGCGGCGAAGAAGGCGUGCGCUGCGUCGACGGACUUCGAGCGCUACCAGCUGCGCGUUGCCCGCCGCUCUCGCGCCUACUGGACGCGCAAGGCCUUCGACGAGAAGGACGCGAAGUCGCCUGUGUCGUGGCACAAGGUUGAGCUGAAGCGCGUGCAGAAGAACGCCAAGAAGGCGGACGCGACUGAGGGCGCGAAGAAGCGCAUGCAGAAGGCCAUCGCCGCCCGCAAGGCCAAGAAGUAAGGCACCACCCUGAUUUCCUCAUUUUGCCUGCGAUUCCUUUUAUUCAUUUCACGGUGAGUUUAGGAGUCUUCCUUUUUGCCUCAUCGAUUUCAUUUAUCUUUCAAAAAC